AUGAUCGACGCUGUCAACUCGCAAAGAGCAGCGGCUACGGCGUCAGAUUUGGCAGAUGAAGUGAGAUCGCAAGUCACGGGACAAGCCGUUGAAGCACAUAGGCUCUCGGAGAUCGGCCCAGCUCCCGAGACUCCUGAUCAGCGUUUGACUCGGCAGGGGGGCAUGUGGUGGAGGUGGAGUGAGAGCUUCACUUCUCGAUGUGAAAGCUCCCUGGCUGCCGCUGGUGCUAAGAGCCUCACACCGAAUUUGAGCCCUAGCCCUGGGCCUAGGUCAGGCCAAGACCAUGUUCCCCGUCGCCUCCAUCCGCGGACGAUUGCCGUCAUCCCGCACUACCGCCAUGCCGGCAUCCUCAUCCUCGUCUUUGCCGUCGGCCGUAUCCCCGAAGACGUGGAUCAGCAUGAACGCCCGAUUUUCGUUUCCUCGACCUAG